AUGGACCCACUCAAAACCACCAACAACCUUGCCCAGACGGGAAACUCCGUAGGUUCCUUGAUACUCCUACCCGAUUAUACAUACUCGGAUUUUCAUAAUUCUUAUCAACUGCCUCUUCGACAAAUAGUUGCUCGACAACUCCCAACUCCGGCCUCUGACUGCCAUCACUUUAUUGCAUCUCAAGAACAUGCCGCUGGGAAGGACUUGUCCUCUGGGAGAUCGGACUGUCUAGAAUCACUGUUGAGCCUUGCCCAUCCGGGCGAUCAGUCCUAUCAACAAAACGUUAGGAUGCCUCGGAGUACUGGGCGAAUGCGAAUGCUACCGGGGCUGGAAGAUAAUGGUUCCGAGGAUCUUGAUAACCUGGGAAAUGUAUACAAUGUGCUGGCUAGCUCCUUGCCACUGGAUCGAACCGUCGAGAGCAACGGGUUGCCGUUCAUUUUACAGGCGCACGCCAGAUGGAUGUCACACUUUCUGUUCGAGUCCGUACGAAUCGCGCACUUGGCCAAAGACUAUAUUAUUGAGAACUACAAGAGUGGAGAGGUAUCUCGACGGAAAAUGAACUUGCUGGCUAGUAAUGCUUAUGCGAUCACUGGCUCGACGGAAUACGAUCUAGCCAACGUUCCGUCGUUUUUCAUGAUUCAAUCGUGCGUCUUAAUAACCUUAGCUGAAGCUGCUUCACGAGUUCAAGCUUCCCGGGAAUUGGAUGAGCAGUAUGCUCUUGAAGCAAUGCAGAACACGUACGAGUAUUACGCCACAUUCGAUAUUAUACUUGGUGUAUUGACCUGCCGACCUACAUUCUUCCGCUACGAUGUGGAAUUCACUCCUCAAGCACCCGAAACUUUAUUUACUCUGGAAAAUGGACCUGGUUUACGGUGGCUAUAUGGAAUUCCCAAUCGAUUAAUAUUUACGUUUGCGAAGAUGAGUGCUUUACUCGAAGACUUUGGGCCAUGCAUUGGGACGGAAAUCGUAGACAAAUUGGAACGAGAGAUACGGGAUAUAGUACCGAUUAUAGUCCCUUCGACCGAGCCUGCUAUUGCUAUAGGACAGAUGGCGGUACAGGAAUGUUGGUGUCUUGCAGCAUUGAUUUAUUUGUAUAUGGGUCUAUGCGGAUCCCUUACUUUUGAUUCUCAAGUAACAAAAGCACGAAGGCAGUUUUUAAAGAUCCUACCGCAAGUUAGACCAAGGCGGAGCCCAGAUGUGUUCUUGAUAUUUCCCUUGGUUAUCCUUGGGGUCGCCACACACGACCUAAAAGAACAAGACAUAAUUCGAAGACGAAUGCUCGGGGUUCCAGAAUGUGUUCGCCUCGGCACAAUGGGGAACGACUUCAUACGGGUAUUGGAUAGUGUAUGGCAAACACCUCGUCAAGGAGUAUGGAGCGACCUUCGACGGGCAUGUUGGCAGGUCCUAGGUGUAUAA